CCCUGAGGAGGGCUGGUGAGCCGGCCUGGGCCGACAGGCCGCGGUGGUCGUCACGCGACGUCGGCGGCGCGCCGGGUCACCCUGACAGCUCGUCCAGUACUGCAGCAGAGGGGUGCCGCCGCGCCGCGUCAGUCCCGGCUCGUCCCGAGUGUGAGGUGCACCCGCCCGGCGCGGUCGUCCAGUGAACGUGCGGCCGAGCGCAACUACCGACUGCUGCAGCGCGCGGAGGAGCGACAGCCGACAUACUAGGUGGAAAGGUGUAUUCCGGUGUCGGUGACGUCAGCCGGAGAUUCAGCCAUGAGGCGACGCAGGGUGUUGGCGGCGAUGGUGCUGGCAGUGACGGCGGCCACGGCCUCGGCCAACAUGGUCACCGACCUGCCCGGCGGCGGUCACGUGGAGGUCGAGACGGGCAGCCGCGGCCAGGUGUGUAUGUACAUCACCGACGACUGGGGUACCGUGGAGACCACCCAGUGCACCUCGCAGCCGGGCACCUACACGCUGACCGGCCGGGGCGGCGGCCAGGCCCGUGUCACCAUCAACGACUUCGGCGGCGUCUCCGUCAACACCGGCUACUUCGGGGACGUGGAGCACAGCGGAAACUCCGCCACCAGUCACCACCGGCAGCAGCAGUCCAGGCACCAGCCCAGUGAGGAGGAGGAAAACAGCGUCCGGUUCGGCGCCUUUGUGAACCCGCGCCCGGUCGCGCCGCCCGUUAGCCCGACAGAGGCCAGCCCGGUGCAGGCGCCGUCGGCAUACGCGGCGCACUGGCCGGCGUACCGCCAGCGAAGGCCGCUGCGCCGUCGGCCCACGCCGCCGCCGACCCUGCCGCCCAACCGGGUGCCGCACCUGCCCAACCGGGCGCGGCCCACGUUCGGGCCGCUGGUGCUGCCGCAGGGGCCGCCGGUCACGGAGGCCGGUCUCGGAGCCGUGGAGAUCAUCGCCUCCGGCCCCGGGCAGCUCACUGUGUUCGGUGACGGCCCCGAUACCGACGGCGACUCGGGCCUGGCGCUGACCGGUCCCUCCUCUCUGUACCCCACCAUCAAACCGCUCAUCGCCAGGAAGAAACGGAACCGGUUCAGCUCGUCAAGCUCCUCGGACAAUGAGGAAGACGGCCUCAGCAAUGUGCGUCUUACGCGCAACUCCAAUGGAGCUGCCACAAUGUUCGGGGGACCUGGCCACCAGUUUAGCUCCGUUCAGUCCCCAGGUCAUGGCUCAGUUCUCAACAGCCGGCAGGGCGCAAACCGCUUCUCUUCUGUCCAGUCUUCUGACGGCAAUUCAGUUCUGAACAGCCAGCAAGGCGCCAAUCGCUUCUCCUCUGUCAACUCUCAUGAUGGCAGUUCGGUUCUCAACAACCAGCAAGGUGCCAACCGCUUCUCUUCUGUUCAGUCACCGGACGGGAGUUCGGUCCUGAACAGCCAGCAGGGGGCCAACCGGGUCUCUUCGGUCCAGUCUGCUGACGGCAGCUCGGUGAUCACCAGUCAGACGCCGGACGGCCAGCGGCUGGGCCUGGUGCGCUCCCCCGACGGCUCGGUGGUGUUCAGCACGUUCAUCGACGGCCGGCUGGUGAACGUGGUGCAGUCCUCGGAUGGCUCGUCGGUGGUCAGCGCCAACAUCGACGGUCGCCAGGUGACGGCGCUCACCUCACCUACCGGGCAGCGGCUGAUCGCCGGCGCCGGGCCCGGCCACAACCUGGACGCCUUCUUCAACCGGGUCAUGCUCCAGCUGGCUGGCACGCAGUAGUCGCCCGAGUGCACCUUCGAAAGGCAGAUGAAGUCGCGAGUCGUGGUAGUUUGUUGACAGGACGAGCCGCAAGCCAAUAAGGUGUUCUGCACAUCCUGUUGGUAGACUGAUGGCGAACACCUAAUGAAAUACAGGGUAGUUGAGGACGGAUUUUCUUAUUGCGCUUUUCCUGAUAAGAAGGGAAAAACAAGCGUAGGUAGUUGCUUUUAAUUCAUGCUUCAAUCACGUGGUCUUACUUUGGAUAUAAGUGAUUUUUUAAACGGAUCCGGAUGCUGCUUGUGCCACGAACACGAAGGAAGAUGGAAAUCGAUUUAGGAGUGACACUGCUGAUGUUAGCUAGCUCGUGGGAGGGUUAGAUUAUUAGACUCUAGAGCUGCACCGCGCCUUCCACAUCAGCGAACUAAUAGCUUUGCUACUAACAGCGUUCGCUUACUUUCAACGUUACCUUUCAAAUAAGCAUCACAUAAAUUGUCGACUCUGUUUGAGGCUGUGCUGCCUGGAAAGUUGGGAAAUGGGAGUUCCUAUGAAGUGUCGCUGAAUGUUUAUCAUCCAUGUGUAGGACCUGAGCUCACUGCAUCGCAGAACCUUUCCCGCCGUCGUCUUUUGUUUAUACGAGAUGUUUAUGAUGUGCUAAGCUAUAGACAUCACCAUUGCAAUGGUACAUACACUUUCGCUAUUGAAUGUUA